AUGAUUGAACAUCAGCCAGCCUCAGUUAUGUUGGAACCGGAUGUUGUGGAAAUCCUAGCACGUUACAAUGCGAGACUCAAGGCACACAAACCACCACCAGCGCGUAGUGCCCUCGCCAAGAAAGGUGCACGGGAUGAUAAGCACACAGCUUGUGUGAAAUCCAAGAUUGAAUCGGUUCAAAUAGGGAUGGACAAUGAAAUUCUACAGGAAGAUCUCGAGAAAGUACCCAUAAAGACGUAUGAGACAUCGCUGGCAAGGCUCCAGAACCAGGAUCAAAAAGAUCCAAAUUCUAUUUGCAUCACCGAAAUGAUACAGGCCGAUGGAAUUCCAAAUCCGCCUCCAACUUGA